AUGGCCUCCGAGGAAGGUUCCGCCGCUGCCCGCCUGCUCGAGCAGCACGCCCAGAACCCCCUUCAGCCCACCGUCGAGGAAGUCCCUGAUGAGGAGUUGAAGCCGGCCUCUACCGCUGCCUCUACCGCCGACGCCCCGGCAGACUCUACCUGGGGCCAGAACAUGUCCGCCAAAGCAGCCGGGAAGCAGCCAGCGAAACCCGCCGCCUCGCUCGACACCCAGUCCCACGAGGCCUUCCCCGAACUUGGUGUCCCGAAGACUACCGCUGCCACCAAGAACCAUACCGCUCCUAUCUGGGGUGGCGCAAAGGGUGGUGCCAACGGCAAUGCUAACGGGCCGACCUCGUGGUCAGCCAAUGGUACCAAUGGUACUCCUCGUGCUUGGACACCUGCGUCUGGCGUCUCGACCCCUUCAGCGAUCCCUCCGCCCAUGUCGAUACCGGGUCGCAAUGUUGAGACCGUAUUGCUGGAGUCACAAUACAUCCUGCCUCGUAACCAGCUGAAGCGCCCGAUUCCAGACAUCGUCAAGGACAUCAACCGCAAGUCUCGGGCAGUGAUCUCUAUGGUUCCGGCUCCUAAUGGUCACCUCAAGUUUGAAGCAACGGGUCCCCAGGACAAGGCGCAACAAGCUCUCAGGGAUCUAGUCCAACAGAUUGGUAUCAAGACUUCAGUCAAGGUCCCCAUCCCGGCAUCCGCGAGAGCUCAUAUAAUCGGAAAGCAAGGAUCUACGAUCAAGGCCAUCCAGGAAAAAUCUGGUGCAAGGAUUCAACUGCCCAAGGUGGACGAAGGCGUAGCCAACCCAGACGAUGACGACGACGCCACUAUCAACGUCAUUGUCGAAGGCAAUGCACUCUCUGCCGCCCUAGCUCGUGAUGCUAUCAACAAGAUUGCUGGAGAGCGUUCCGCCAGCAUCAACACGAAACUGAGGUCUAUUCCCGCCGAAUUCUACCCAUUCAUUGCUGGUCCCAACAACAGCCUUGCCAACGCAAUGGAGUCGGACCACGGCGUCCAGAUUCGGGUCCCGUCCCAUCUACCAUGGUCCCAGCAAGUGCCCCAAAUGCCGACAGCAGGGCAGAGACCGUCUUUCGCCGCGGCUGCCAAUGACAACCACAUUCAGCUGGCUGGUGACCGCGCGGCUGUUCAAGCCGCCAGGGCGGCGAUCGAGAGUCGAGUUCAGGAACUACAGAACCAACUACAUAUGGACCAGGUUGAUAUCCGCCACGGAGCUCACCAAUUCAUCAUCGGAGAUCGGGGUAUCCCUUCGGAUGAGUUCUUCGCCGACACCAACUGCGUUGUGGUUCUGCCCAAUGAAUCGGGCGUCGACACCGUGACAGUCAUUGGUCCUGCUGACGAUGUCGCUACUGGUCUAGAGAAAGCUAUGGACCUGGCUACACAGGUACACACUUCAGUCUUCGACGUGGCCAAGCACCACCGCCAUGCGGCUGGAACAGCUCCGGGCUACUCGCGGGACCUUUCUCGUUACCUCCGUCAGAGGAAGGAGAUCGAGCGACUCGAGAAACUGUACAAGAUCCACAUCAACACCCCCUUUUCGGAAGGCAUCGUCAGUCCGUGGGAACUGUAUGCGCGAGAGGGCAAGAAUGCUCUCAGAGCCCAGAAAGAGAUGACCUCCAUUGUGAACAGCCACCCACCUUCUCGCUUGUCGACGGUCCCGGUCGAUCCUUUCUUCCACUCCUACCUUCGAAGUGAUAUCAGGCCCAAGGUUCAGGAAGAUUUCGGUGUUCUUCUCAUAGUGCCAGAUGCCACGGAGCGCGAUCUUCCCGUACUGUUGGUAUACGAGGGCCCGGAAACUCCUGGGGAGUCGUAUCAGAUCCCGCAAAAUGCUCCCAAUGCCACGGAGCUUCAGUCAUUCCAGCGAGGACUUGCGGAUGCUCGGAAGCAUAUUGUUGAGCUUCUCAACAAGCAGGAGCAGAUCGACACGGCAACCUUGGAAGUGCCAGUCAAAUUUCAAGAUAAGCUUCGGAAGUUCAUCAAGAAAGAACAGGAUGCGACCAUCCGCGCCGCCGGCCAUAUUCCUGUCCGUGUUAAUGUUAAGGGCACCACAGUCACCAUGCGCGGGCCAAGCUCCAACGUUGCAUCUCUUUCGCAGAAAGCCGCGGCGUUUGUGGAGCAGGAGAAAGAGGAUGAAAAGGAGCGUGGCUUCAUUCUCAAGUUCGAGUUCCCCCAAAAGCAUGCAAACCACCUGAUUGGCAAGGGUGGUAGCCAUAUCAACGAGCUGCGCGAGAAGUUCGAUGUGGACAUCCAAGUACAGAAUGGCGAGGUCGAGCUGAAGGGCCCCAAGGCUAAGACCGAGAGAGCCAAAUCGCACAUCAUCUCGCUUGGUCGGCAAUGGGCUGAUGAGACCAGCCACUCGCUGAAAAUUGAACCCAAGUAUCACAGGGAGCUUAUCGGAGCUCAGGGAGCUCAGAUCCUCCGUCUGCAAAACCGUUACGGUGUUCACAUUAACUUCCCGAAGACCGCAAAGCCUGGAAAGGAUGACGAGUCAGUUGCUGAAGGUGGCAGCGAAGCUGGUAAGCCACGGCGUCAACAAGCCCCCGACGAAGUCACGAUUCGGGGCCCAAAGAAGGGCGCAGAUGAAGCCCGGGAUGAAAUCUUCUCUCUCUUCCAGUACCUCAAGGACAACUCUUUCACUGGCACCGUGACGGUUCAACAGAAGCAGCUCCCAUCUUUGAUCGGCGCGGGCGGAUCCGCUAUGGAUGAGCUCCGACAAGCAUCCGGUGCAAAGAUCGACAUUCCCAACGAGCGCAACGAGGCUCCAGAUAGUAUGGUGGAGAUCCAGAUCAAGGGCACCAAGUCGCAAGUUGCCGCUGCGAAGAAGAUCAUUGAGGAGAAGCGAGCAGUCUUUGACGAUACCGUUUCUAGAACUGUCGAUGUGGAGAGGAAGUGGCACAAGAACUUGAUCGGACCCGGUGGCUCAACCCUUCGUGACAUCGUCAUUAAAGCUGGUGGACCAGAAGAUCGAAGGCUCCAAGCCCGGACUGUCCAGUUCCCGAAGCAGGAUGCCGGUGGCAACUCUAUUCAGGUCGAGGGUCGGCAAGAUGUUGUUGACAAGAUCAUUGCUAGCAUUCAAGCCAUGGUGUCGCAACGAGAAAGCCAGGUCAAUGAGACUGUCGAGGUACCCGUCGAGAAGCAUCGAUCACUCAUCGGCCGAGGAGGCGAGGCAAAGCGCCAGCUCGAGUCGCAGUUCAACGUCUCCAUCGAUAUCCCCCGCCAAGGAAGUGGCUCGACCGGUGUCAAACUGGCUGGCCUGCCUGCCGACGUUGAGAAGGCCAAGGAGCACAUUUCGUCAAUGAUCAAGGAGUCGCGAGGCGAAACCCUCCAAAUUCCCCGGAAAUACCAUAACGCAAUUUCGGAGAACGGCCAGUUCUUCCGCAGGCUACGCAACGAUCACAAGGUCACAGUAGACCAUGCUGGCCAGCCCAUCCCUGCCAAAUCGCAGCCCUCGAACACGAGGGCCAACAACGGCGCUCUACCCCUGAUCACUGAUGACGAGGACACAGCAGCUGAUGCGCACUCAUGGACAAUCGUGGACACUGCUUCGUCAGAGGAAGGCGAUAUCCCCUGGGUGCUCAAGGGUAACGAGGAGGGCAUCGAGAAGGCCAAGAAAGCCAUUGCCGCGGCACUCGAGCAGGUACAGAAGAACAAUGCCACGGGAUACCUCAUCCUCCCAGAUCCUUUCACUUAUCGUCACGUCAUUGGCCAGGGCGGCUCAAAGGUGAACUCGAUCCGCAAGCAGAGCGGAUGCAAGAUCAACGUACCAAGAGCUCAAGCCCGGGAUGAGGCUAUCGAGGUCAAUGGCUCCAAAGAAGGCUGCGAGACGGCCAAGGACCUGAUUCUCGAGGCCGUGCGCGAAGGACAAGCCGGACGACGAGACUAG